GUGUUGUGGACUUUUGUGUGGAUAAAAUUGUUUAAAUGUCGAAGAUUGCUAAUAGUAGUAAUGUGAACACAAAGGUUAUUAAAAGAGAAACAUCUAAAUUAACCAGAACUGAAUCAACAACAAAACAAACAAACACCAAAUCAACGACAUCAAAAACUUCAACCGUUAAGAAACCUACAACAAGGCCAGCAGAGGAAAAGGAUAGCACCCGACCCUCAAAAACUACUGCAACUACAUUAACAAAGACCAAGAAUGUAUCGACAAAAGUCUUGAGCCAAAAGGAAACUGGACGAAUAGCAAAUUCAAAAAUCCCUGGAGCCAAGAGUAUAUCUCCCUCCAGCCUUCAAAAGCAGGUCUCCAGCGUCUCGUCAACAGUUCGUGGUGGCCAAGUCGCAAAAAAGUCAAGUGAACCAAAACAAAAUGCCACACAAGCAACGCGCAUUAAGAGAAUACCUUCAAAAGAAUCCUCUGCGAGUUCACCAACGCCCAGACAACCUUUACGUGCCAAACAUACAGCCGAAAUCAAGGAGGCCAUUAAGAAGAACACCUCAUCCAAGGCAACAAAAGCCAAUGCUGUGCUAGAUACACAUUCAAAUGUAACCGUAGCUUCACCUCCGCCAAAACGAAAAAGUCAAGCAGCCCAAGAGGUGCUAGAAGAAGAGCCAUCAAGGCAGAAAGCAGACCCUAAAUUAACUAGAAAAGGUAGUCGUGUGUUAGCACCCGAGGAAAUUGUGGUUCUCAAAAGAGAAUCAGCCAAGAGGAGAAGUGAAGAACAAAUUCGCAGAGAGAGUGAAAGACAAACGGAAGAUGAACCUGCAUUGGCAGCAGCAGUUCCCUUUAAAGAUCCGGUGGCCUUUGAGGUUACAUUCGACAAUCCACCAAAGCCAGACAACGAAAGAUUGAAACCUCCUUCAAAGCAGGGUUCAAGUGAAAUUCGAGAACGCUCAAGGUCUAGAGUUAGAACAGAAAAGGAAACCAAUAACGAAGACGAAACCAAUUAUUCGGAUGAUUUUGAUUCCUAUGAAUCGGAUUUUGAGGCCAGUUCUUCACAAAAGUCCUCACAACAUACCGAGGGCAGCAGUGACGAAAGUGAGGAGAGAUCCCAACAAACCAACGAGGAAGAGGAGGAGAGUUCAGAGGAUGAAGAGGAAAGCGGCAAUGAUACAUCCAGUGAUCCUGCCGAAGACUCUGAGCAUAGCCAGCAAAGCAAACAUCUAGAUGACACCGAUGAUGAAUCGGAGAUAACUCAAGAUCCCAUUACCGUUUUGCACAGAGACAAGGAACGUAAAUUAGAUUCCGGCCACUAUGAUAUGAACUCUCGCAAAAAUCCCAAAUUGGGUGAAACAUCUGCCCAAUCUACCCAGCAUUUAGUGGACAGUUUUGAGACCUUCAGUCUUAAUGCUUCCGAUCAGCUAGAUUCAGGAAUUUCUGCCUAUGGACCUUCGACUCUGAAUCUGAAUAACUCAAGUAAUAAAGGAAAUUUUCAGGUUUACUAUUUUGGCUAUCGUGAUUUUGUGGCCAAACCCAUAAUCAACAAGCGUGGCAAAGAUCUAAUGGCAAAAAUCCAAUUGGAUACUCUGGCCUUUACCCUGUUCGAUAUGAAGCCCAUAUCCUAUGAUGUGUUCAUGCAAACCUAUGGCAAGCUCAACACCACACAAUGUUCCACCCAGACCCAGGAUAAUCUCAUGCAUGUGGAACAACAAACAGAUAUGUGGGAGACUCGCUCCAUGUGGACCCAGCACCCAGCCCAAUAUGAUUGGAAUAUGGUGCAGAUGCUUAAUAAACAAGCUGGCAACUAUGGCAGAGGUGCUUUAAUGCAAAACUGUUGUGGUGAAUUCGAGGAGAGUGGUGAUAUGAAAAACUCACCACCCGAAUGCAGUUUAGAACUUAGUCUGCAGACUUUAAAGGACCUUGGAAGUCAACGCUCGUCUAGAAAUCUACAAAACCAUGUACGAAUCCACAGAAAGCCCAUUAACUAUGAACGUCUCAAUACGUUUUUACUAAAGUCAUCAAUGGUUAUUGAUCAACUACUGGGUGCAUCUGAGAAUAAGGCUCAAUCUUCAGUCAAUCCAUCGGAACUUGGUAGUUUAGAACGCAUAACAGAAUUCGGCUAUGAAUUACAGACCUCAUUCCUGAAUACCCUCAAAGUGGUGAAAAUCUUUUCAAAUCCCAAACACAAUCUUGUUAUAACAGUACACGAAUCUCUACCGGAAACGAAUGUUUAUCAGAUGGACUUUUCUCAGCUACUCAUGGUUUGGUGCAUAAGUGUGAGUGACAAGCCGACGCGACUUCUUACCACCUGGAGUUAUGUUUCGAGAGUGGAGAUUUCCCACGAUUCUUCAGAUAUUGUGGUGGCUGCCCUACGUGAUGGUUCAGUGGCCUUAUGGGACUUGAGGGAAACCUAUUCGUUUUGUUCUAAACUGGAUGGCUAUUUGACGCAUUUUGCUGCCACCCAAUCCAUUGUGCCCUCUUGUGUUGGUUUGCGAGAAAAACAGGAAAUUCUAAUGGAUUUGGGUUCCUGCUUGGAUAUAAAAAGUUUUCGAACUCCCUCCAAUAGUUGGGGUGUAACGAAUUCAGCUGGAAGCUAUGGCAAGUCUCAGUUUGUCUCUUUGCAUGAUUCCGGUGUGUUAACCGUUUGGACUUUGGUGGAAACCACAGAGGCCUCAUUUAAUCCACUACCCAGCCACAAAACGGACAAAUCCAAAAAAUCCAAUAAAUUAUCACAGAAAUUCGGCUACAGCUCUCCUUGGGCUCGUGUCAAACUCAUACAAAGUUCGAUUGUUUAUCUCAGAGACUUUUUGGAAACGAAAACUCUGCAAUCCCUCUCACGUUUCGAUAAGACCAAGGCUCUAUUCCAAAAGAAUAUCUACAGUGAUGAGGCUUUAAAGGAAUUGCAUGAGAACAAUGGAGAUUUUGGACAGCAGGGUCUGCGAUUCACCAGCAUUGAAUGUGGCUCCGAGAAAAUUUACAUUUGCACCAAUCGCAACUUCAUACUCAUGUGCUCGAAAACUCUGAAGGCUGAGAGAUUUAGACGCAUUGUCUUGAAUGAAAGUCGUUUGCUGUUCCCCACUGCAUUGAAAGUUUUAAGCAAUGAAAACUUUUUAGCUGUAGGCUUAUCAAAUGGAGCCGUGAUGAUUAUAAAUUGUGCCCUAAAUAAACAACUCAAACGUCCACAAUCGUCAUCGGAGAAAUGCCCAGGACCUGGUACUCCUCAUCCCGGGCACAAUAACAAUGAUGCGGUACCAGCAGAUAUUGAUUCCAUAACAGGCAAAUCUUGUGCCAUACAAAAUAUCGUUUUGAAUUCGCAAAAGUCCUAUGAUAGCAUGGAUUUCAGUGCCUCCACCCAUGAUAUGGAUAUGCGGCCAAAUACAGCAGCUUUUGUGGCCUUGAUUGAUACCAAUCGCAAACCUUUUGAGUUGAGAGUCUACGAUCAGCAGGUGAUUUUAUCGGGUUCGGUUCUAAGGAAAAAUUUAAUCCAAUCUUUGGAAUUGUCCUCAGAUGGUUGGAGACUUUUCGCUGUUAGCAAUGGUCGCAUAAGGGUUUACGAUUUUUAUUUGGAUCAGGAAAUACAAAAUGGCGAAGAUAUCGAAGAGAGCGAUGUUGGUAAAGUUCUGGAUAUUGGUUGUGGCAAAUCCAAUCAAAAUGAAAUGAAUUUAAUGGUUUUGAAAGUUGAUUCCAAAGUCGAGGUUUAUGUGUUGAAGAAAUAGAGAGUUAUUUAGAGUUGUAUGGUUAGGAAUAGUAAACAUUUCUUCUUAACUGGUUUCUAAGCCAGAAAACCCGGAAACAUGUCAACAUCCCUUUAUCAUACGAAAUGGAGAAAUUCCCUAAUCGAAUCACGCAGCACAUGCAUGUUGCUAAGAACUUAAAAAUUUUUGGGCAAUGCAAAUGCAAAUUUGCCCAUGAACAUUCCAUUAAGGAACAGCGGCAAACUUCUCACAUAUCAAUGAGUGCUGUUCGAUUCAACUUUUAGCUCAAUGAUAAGGGGCUUGCUUUUUGUAGCUGAGUCCGAACGGCAUGCCGCAGUGCGACACCUCUAUGGGAAGACAUUUUUACAUGGCAUAGUACCUCACAAAUGUUGCCAGAACUAGGAAUGGUGCCUCAAUGCAAUGUUCAUGGCCUAAUUUGCAUUUUUGUUUUAUUAAAUCUUUUGGAGACAAAUCUACAUCACAUUAUUUGUUUAUCGUACCUUUUGUUCAAAUACAUACCAUAACCCUCAGGUCCUUCCUGAAUCAACUUUA